GUGACCAAAAAUACCCAAAAAAAAAAAAAAAACAUAUAGCAUUUUAUAAUUAUUGAAGGGAAGGGAUUAAGAUUAUUUGGUUUUUGCUUCUUCCCGAGUUUCCAAACUCCGAAGUCGUACGUAGAUUCCUAAACACAACACAAACUCAAUCUGAACUUUGUUUUGUGUUGGCUUUUUGGUUUUCUAUGUGAAUAAACGAUUAACAAUAAAACCCACCCAUCUAUCUAAUUCAAUUCUAAAUCCCAAAAUCACAAUCGUUAUUAUUAGAAGAUUUCAGUUUCAGAAAUUUUUUUCUCAGAUAAAGACUAAAAUUUGGGUUGCUUCUAUGAGCCGAUCCCAUUAUUGUACGACGCUUCAUGACUAGGUAAUGAAGGGUUUCUGUGAGAGAGCUGUUGCUUCAAAAUGUUCUUCUAAAAGUUUAACUGAUAACUCAAAUAGUAGUACACCGCCUGUUUGUUCAGACCCAGAAUCCAGUGAUAGUAAGUUCACUAAGGCCUCCGUAUGGUCAAAUUUCGUUUCAUCUGCUCUCUCAAUCUUUGAAACACAUAGUGAGGCGUUACCUUGUGAAAACAAGGCAGUUCUUAGUGGUUCAUCAGCUGGUGAAAAGAAAGCAGCUCAUGCUAAACAGAAUGGGUGGACAGCAGCUGUAAGAAAAGCUGUGGCUAGUGGCUCAAUGAGGAGAAUUCAGGAGCGUGUACUAGGGUUAAGUAGGACUGGCAUCUCUAGCUCAACUAGUGACAUAUGGCUUUUAGGUGUGUGCUAUAGAAUGUCACAGGAUGAGUCAUCUGGAGAUGCUGAUACUAGCAAUGGAUUAGCCAGAUUUGAACAAGAUUUUUCAUCACGAAUUUUGACGACAUAUCGAAAAGGUUUCGAUGCUAUUGGAGAAUCAAAGUAUACCAGUGAUGUAAGCUGGGGUUGCAUGCUUCGCAGCAGUCAGAUGCUUGUUGCUCAGGCAUUGGUUUUUCAUCGAUUAGGGAGAUCCUGGAGAAAACCUCUGCAAAAGCCAUUCAAUCAAGAAUAUAUUGAGAUUCUUCACUUUUUUGGUGAUUCUGAGGCAUCGCCUUUCUCUAUCCACAAUCUUCUUUUAGCUGGAAAGGCUUAUAACCUUGCUGCUGGGUCAUGGGUGGGCCCUUAUGCCAUGUGUCGCACAUGGGAAACUCUGGCCAGAUGUAAAAGGGAGUCAACUGACCUUGAGAACCAGCAACUUCCCAUGGCUGUUUAUGUUGUUUCUGGAGAUGAAGAUGGGGAGCGAGGUGGAGCUCCAGUUCUUUGCAUCGAAGAUGCCUCAAGACAUUGUUUUGAGUUUUCAAGAGGUCAAGUUGAUUGGACGCCCAUUCUUUUAUUGGUUCCUUUGGUUCUUGGACUUGAAAAGGUCAAUCCCAGGUAUAUUCCAUCAUUGAGGGCAACUUUUAUGUUUCCACAAAGCCUUGGCAUUGUGGGUGGGAAGCCAGGGGCUUCAACUUACAUCAUUGGUGUGCAAGAUGAAAAGGCUUUCUUCCUUGAUCCACAUGACGUUCAACCAGUAGUUAGUAUUGGUAGAAACGAUCUAGAGGCCGAUACUUCAUCUUACCACUGCAAUAUCAUACGACACAUAUCAUUAGACUCAAUUGAUUCAUCCUUAGCAUUUGGAUUUUAUUGCCGAGACAAAGAUGAUUUUGAUGAUUUUUGUCUUCGGGCUUCCAAGCUGGCAGAUGAGUCAAAUGGUGCUCCAUUAUUUACUGUGGCUCAGAAGCAUAAUUUGUCAAAGCCAGUUAGUCACCCUGAAGUGUCAGUUGAUACUGAUGGAGUUCAAAAGGAUGAGUCCUUUGGUCUCGAGCCCAUUGGUGAUGCUGAGGGCCAUUCGCAUGAGGAUGAGUGGCAACUCCUUUGAUCAAAGAUUAAUCGGUACCGGGUUCUAAUGUCUGAGGCCAGUAUGGAGUUUGGAAAAUUUGGUGCAUGAUUUGGCAUGUGAUGUGUCUUAUGCCAAUUCCACAGGCUUCUCAUUAGCAUUACAGUGAUUGCCAAGUUCAAUUGAUGGGAAUUCUGUGCCUUAUUCCUCGAGCUUGUUGGAUCUGACAUUUGUAGAAAGUUACUUUAAGUUAUUACGAUUCUUUUGUUGUUAUUUAAAUUCAAAUUACUUUCAAAUUGUUAAUAUGAUUAAUUACGUGUAGAUAAUGUAGGUAUUCCAUUUAUAUUUUGCAA